UUCAGACACUGUCACAGCGCCGCCAUUUUGUGAGAGAUGCAGCGGCAGUCACGUCUGAAACGGGAGCUGCAGCUCCUCAGCACCGAGCCGCCCUCCGGGGUCAGCUGCUGGCAGGUGGAAGAUAAGAUGGACGAGCUGCGGGCUCAGGUGGUGGGCGGCUCGGGCUCUCCCUACGAGGGCGGCGUGUUCAGCCUGGAGAUCGUGGUGCCGGAGAGAUACCCCUUCGAGCCCCCUCGGGUGCAGUUUGUCACCCCUAUCUACCACCCGAACAUAGACACUGCGGGCAGGAUCUGUCUGGACAUCCUGAAGCCCCCGCCUAAGGGCGCCUGGCGGCCCGCCCUCAACCUGUCGUCCGUCCUCACCUCCAUUCAGCUGCUCAUGAACGAGCCGAACCCGGAGGACCCCCUCAUGGCGGACAUCGCCCGGGAGUACAAGUACCACAGGGCAGCGUACACCGCCAAUGCCCGGAGCUGGACGGAGAAACACGCCAAGCCCCGGGACACCGCCGACGGACUGUCCCAGAAACGGCGCAGCGCGGACCCCCCCGAGCCCGCCAAAAAGCCCAGGCCAGGCCCCCCAUAACGUGACGUCACGGCAGUCCUCUCCCUCUCCGCCAGGUGGCAGUCAAGGUUUGGUGUGUGUAUUGUGUGAGGCCGGAGUCCUACAGGGAGGGGUCACGUGACGACAGCACACUGUUCACACUAUGAAAACCGCAGGCUUCCCAGGGACGUUGUGCAGACUUGCUUGGAGUUCAAGGCGGGAAACUGUGCCUAUUAGGG